UUCCCGUGCACUCUCUGUAGGCUUUCCUUCUUGGAUCCAAUUCCUGACUCCACCGUUAAGUCAGACGACCUCCGCCCUCCUUCUCCUCGCCGGCGGCCACCAUGUCCAUCCCCGGGAACGGCCACCUCCCCGCCUCCGCCUCCCUCCCCGACCACUCCUCCGCAUCCGAUUCCGAUGCCGAAACGGAAGCUGACUACCGCCCCAUCUCCAGCGCGGCCUCCGACUCCGACUCCGACGCCGACCCCGACCCGGACGCCGCCGUGCCCCACCACCGCCUCGGUGAGACCGGCAACGGCAUCUCCGCCCUGGAUCUGGCCUCCAACGAGGAAGGGGAGGCGGACGAGGGAGAGGAGAACGAGGAGGGGGAGGAAGGUAUGAGGCCGGUGGAGGCGGCGGCGCGGGCGUUCUCGGAGAACGAGCGCCGGCGGCGCGCCCCGCUUCCCGCGGGCACCGCGGCGCGGAUCGUGGACGCGAUGCGCGGCGUUGAUUUCCCCGGCGCGCCGCCGCCGUGGGCGGGCAGCGUGCCCGAGGACCAGUGGGUCGACCGCCUCCGCUCCCUCCGCGCCGGACGCCCCAACUGAUCUGAGCAGAGCGGAAGGUUCAUUCCUCUCUUGCUGCUGAUUAGAUACCAAACCACGCGAAGCUUUAUGCGAAUUUGUGAUCUGGUUUGCACUGAGCACUCAUCUCCUUGAUUCCAAUUAAAUUGCUGUUGCAUCUUAUUCUGUACUCGCGUGCAAAUCAUUGGCGAUAAGAUUUGGUUGUUUUUGUAAAUGUAAUCUUGGUCUUCCACCAGCGUACCUGUGGUAGUUCAGAGUUCAUACUAGUUGUAUCCAAGUUGAGACAAGGAGCUCUUUCUUGCAGCUGAUUAGAUGAAAAUUUCUGUGAA